CUCAGUCAGAGGCUACUUCAGAGUUGCUGUAAUAUGGAAUCCUACAGGAGACACAGACGAGCAACUACAACUAUGAAGAAAAUUGUAUGAUUUAAGUUGCAACAUUUAAAUUCCCAUAAUAAAGUGAUGAAGUAUUUUUAAAUUGAAUUAAAGAACAGAUUUUUAGCAUUAGUGUAGCUGUUUUUAUUAAUGUAUUCUGUCUGAAAAUUAUAAUACAGUUUAAUUAAAUCCUGAACCAAUUUGUUGGCAAAGAGUUUACUUGAAUAUAAACCAAACCAAUAGGGACAUUGCAAAACUUCACCAAUCUCAUUGUAUCUUCUUUAUUGAUGGAUGAAUUUUCACAUUAAGACCUUAAAGCCGUCAUCAGUUCCUAGUACAUUACUUGGAAAACUAUUCAUACUACGAAUUACUUGAAUGAGACCAUUAGUCAUUAAAAUACUUUUGUAUACUUUUGUAUUUCAAUUCAUGGUGUAAAAUUAUGGAACAAGUUAAAUCAGGAGUUAAAACAGUUAAAAUUUAAUACAAUUUAAAAGGAAAUGGGUAAUUUUCACAAGAUAUAGAAAUGUGGGAGAGAGUUAGCACAACUCUGUAUGCCAAUUGAGGCUUAAGCAUAUGAGUGUGAGUGGGUAUGAAUGCAUAUAUUUAGAUGUAAACCCAGAUAAAAUGGAAAAUUAAUUAACCUGUCUUUUUACUAUUAUUUAAUAAAGGGUCCAUCUGAAAAUAGUGUAUGAGUUUAUGGGGUAGGAGUUCAUAAGUUUCUCACUUCUUCCUACUCCUUUUCGAGCAUGUUAAUAUUAUUGUGGUACAAAAAUAUGUUUUUUGCAUUCCUUGUUCAUGUGUGUAAUUUUGUACUUAAUGUUCGAAAUAAUAAAAAUAAAUAAAUGUAACCUCUUCAAGCAUGUACUUCAAGUAUGGCUUUAGUGUUUAAUAAGGCAAUUCAUCUUUUGCGAAAUAAACAAGCAGUUAUAAAUAUCACUAAAACUAAAUUAAGUGAUUUUGUCUAUUUGACGGUAAGCUAAAGCGCUUUUACACACGCUUUUUUUGUGUGUUUUUACUGGGUAACUCUUUAAAUGUUGUAACUGCCAUUGAAAGUUCAUGUGCCGGAAGUUACUGUUGCCUGGUUACGCUUGUUUGGUCACAAUAGCCUACUCUGCGGUUUUGUUAGCUGCAGGAAAGCGGUGACUACAGGUAAAAUGCAGAACGUAAGUGACGAAGACCAACUUGACGAAGACCACCUGAAUGCACAAGAUGGCGCUAGUGCGAGUCCAUCAGCACAGCAGUCAGAUGAUGUCACUCAUGAUUCUGUUCUUGAUCCAAAUGUGGCAGCUCCUGCAGCUGAUCAGUUGAGCAUUGGCACAUCAGAAGACGACAGGGGACCAGAACAUGACGAGGACUCCCCACAAGAAGAGGAAGAAAAUGAAGACAUCUUCACUAUAAACCCUGAACAUCCGCUGAUCCAAGGAUUUCAAAAUGCUUUCAACGUUUACUUUGAAAAACGUCUAGAAGGACUCCGGCUAGAACUGAAGGGAAUGGUGCCAGUUAAAAGGGUGGGGAGUAAAAAGGUAGCUGAGCUAGUUAUGGAAUUGGAAAAAACCGAAAAAAAACAGAAAGCAGCUGAAAGCAAGCUGCACGACAUUCAAGAAUCCAAGACAGAGACCGAAGCUGAACUGAAGCGUGAACAAGAUCGUCUGAAAGAGGCACAGAGCCAUUAUUACAACAUAAAAAAUCUGAGCCGCCAAGCCAAAGCUGUGGUGUCUGCAAGGCAGGCGGACCUAGACAAAAAGCAACAGCGGGUCAUUUUCGCCCAAGCAGCCAGGGAGGAACUGCAGUCCCAAGUCAAAGUCAUGGAUUACACCAGAUACAAAGUGAACGCACAGAAGACAAAGGCAGAAGAAGACAAAAUAAAGCAGGACUUGUAUGUAGAUCAUCUGACAAAGGACUUGGACAGCAAGGCACAGCAGGUGGCGGAGUACGAGAUCCAGGGAAGCGCUCAAGCCCAGGAGACAGCGGAAGUCACCAAAGCACUCUCUGAGGCUGAGAUGGAAUACGAAUCGCUGCUAAUGAUGCACAAAAAGCUGCUGCACCAGUGGAACAGCAACAUAACAGACAUAAAGAGACACGAUGAGACUGUUAAUGCGAUGCAGGAAGCUGUACGUGCGGUUGAGGAUGAGGUGAUCUUGCUGGACAGAGAGAUUGAAGGUUAUAAGAAAUCCAUCUACGUAGAGCUGGAGAAUAAUGAGACACUGACCGUUCAGCUGAACCGGAGUUCAAUGGACUGUGUGUCUGUGGAAAAACUGAUCAAUAAGAAAAAGUUGGAACGAGAGGCGCUGCAGGCUCAGUUCACCGCCUGUCUAAAUUCCCUGUCUGAGACAAAGCAGAUCUUUGCCGCACUCACAAAAGAAAUGACGGCACAUCAAACUGAACUAAAAAGUCAGAAGAACAGGCUGGAGAAACUGAGUGCUGCACGUCUGGAGCUGCAAGAGAAAAUUAUGGCCUACUUUCAGCAGCAGCUCACACACAGCAAGGCGGCUUCACAUUCACAAAAUCUCACAAACAAGUUGGUCACUCGAAAGAAGGAGAAGAUGCAUCAGCUGCAGCUGCAGGAAAGAGACACCUUGUCAGUGAAGCUGGAGUGCCAGAAGGUUGAGCAGCAUGUCAACAGCCUGACCAUUUCCUUGGAGAGCCUUGAUGAGGAGAUUAAUAAGUACAACAAGUUGCUGAAUUCGCAUGAGAAUACAUUUGCUUCGCUUGUUCGACAAAUCAGGCAGAAAGAAACAACAGUGAACACCCUAAAAAUCAGGAUUGCUAAAAUUGUGGAGAUCACCGGGCAAGAAGACGUGCAUCCUCUGCAAAUCAAGAUCGAUAAUAUACUAGUUGAGAUUGAUGAGCUUGCUGCUCACAUCAAGAGUGAGCAGCGCCUCUGGUUGCUGCACCAGGGAACCCUGGUGGGCCUGACCAGAGAGUUGGAUGUCAACAAGAAGAAGAUGCGCAAACUGCAGAAAGACUACACUGGACUGCAGAUGAAGGACAUCCGACUAGAUGGUCAGACUAAACAAGAGGAACGAGAGCUGGCGGAGCUGGAGAGGGGCUCGAUGGUGCUGAGGAAAGACCUCGAGAAGCUCUGCAAGCUGAAGACAAAGAACAAAGAGCGAAAUGAGACUCUGGAGAUGGAAAACAUACAGAUGGAGACAGACUUUAGAAACAAACUCAAGGAUGCUGAAGAGCAAUCUGCCAGCCUUCACAUGAAACUCGAGAACAUUCAGGAGGAAAAAGAGAACCUCCUCAAGUGUCUGGCGAAGGCUAAGCAGCAGAUCAUGCUGUGGGAGAGGAAGACCAUUAUUCUAAAGGAGACUCGGUCAGUAGUGGAGUUCGACAUUAGCCAGGGAGACAUCCAGAAGAUGAAUGCUGAAAUGCAUCGAAUGGAGAUAUAUAUCGACAAGCUGACAAAACGACAAGAGUAUUUGAUGAGGGAAAGCCAGAAAGUUGUGGAGAGAAGAGAAAACCUCGACAUACGCAAGGAUGCCAUGAUCCGAGACCGCCGCCAACACCUUGCAAAGUGGGAGCUGAAACGCUCCUGCGCUGGCCUGCAGAGAAAAAUCCAAAAAACAUUAUAUGCUUUUGAAGUUUAUGAAGAGGAGGCGAAGGAGCUUGAGAACAAGAAAACUCUCCUGAGUGAGAAUAUUCAGCUGCAAACGCAACAAGUAACUGAACUGUCAAGCACCAGCACAAAGAUAGGCCGUAACUUGGAAAACCUCCAGGAUAACAAAGACAUGAACCAGACUUUCCUAAUUACUAUGCAGGAUCGAAACAAGAAGCUGCAGGCCGUUUGCAAGGGGAUCUACAAACCGUCAUCCAGCAGUGAAACAAUCGGAGCCACCCUGCAGAGUCAAAGGGAGCACUUGGAGGAGUGCAGCAAGGUCUUGAAGCAAAGCUGUGAGGACUUCCCUGAGCACCAGGGGGCGCUGCACCCUGUGACACUAGCAGCAGAAGCUUUCAUAAAAAUUGCAAACCAGUAAUGUUCUUAGAGUGAGGCGGUGAUUGAAACGUAACAGUGAGUACAACAAAGGCAUGUGGAUGAGAUACAAGAGGAAAUGCCUAAUUUACUGGUUUAUCUGAAUGUUUUUUUUUUUCUUUGCUGUAAUGUUUGGAUUGAAUUAUUUGUUUGGACAACAACAUGUUUCCUUAUAGACUUAGGUAGAGAAAUACAAAAAAGAAAAUAGUUAGUGAAGUUGUCAGUUUCUUCUUGGAAUCAAUAUGUAAUUUACUUUAGGAAGUAAAGUUCAAUGUAUUCAUGUUUCUUCCCCUUGUGUUGUUUGAUUUGUACGUUUGUCAGUAAUAUGCUGCAGCAAAGGCCACUUACUCUUUAUGAAAAGAUACCUUGAUUGAAUCAAAUAAUUAGGACAUUUUAAUGGCUUCUUCUCCAUUAAUAAUUUAAGGUGUUUCAGGACACUGUCAUGUUUCAGGAUGCUUCUUAGUUAGCACCGCUGUGGCUCUAGGAAUAGUUUUGCAAACCACACUUUGAGUCUGAAUAAAACCAAGCAGCCCCGUGACGUCCAUGAUGGAGACAUGCAGACUGGAUAUGAAUACAAUGUGAAGACCUUUCAAUGACCAAAGCCAUGCUGUGGAACUGGUUUCUCCUUAAAAUGUCUGCAGCAGUUUUCCCAAAACAAACUCCUAUGCAUGUUUGUGUCUACAGGCUAAACCCUGAACAAACUGUCAUUAUCACUGCUAACAUGAAGCAAGGAAAAUCAUGCCAUCAAUUAAAGGGGUUUCCUCUAAUGAAACUGUUGAAUAACCAACAAAUAAUGACAGAAAUUGUCUGUGCCUUGUCACUGAUCACAUUAUUUCACACAUUCCUCCUAUAAAUGGUUGUUAUGUUGAGUUUUCUGCUGAUGGUGGUGAGAAAUACAAUGUAGGCACGAAUGUACAAAUGCAUCGAUUAUUUUUGUGAGUUUGAAGAAGUUGCUACUUUUCCUGCUGGAGAAAAACUGACAAUGUAGCAGCUUCAAUACUGUGCACCAUGGAAACCAAUGUAAUUAUUGUCUAGACAUAUUAAUUUUUAGUAAGACUGUUAAUUAAGUUAAUAAUUUUUCAA